UGAAGCCAAAACAAAAGCUUUGGUGAAAUCAUAAUUUAGGCAUAUGCUUUUUUAUUGAUAAAAGAUCUUUGUACUAAAAAAUCCUCAACCAGAAGGAGCUUUAAAGAUAUUUAAUGGUCAACAUCACUGUUGAAUGUGCAAUGAAUUCAAGAAGUCUAUCAUGGCCUCUAUAUUAAUUACAAUAGCCAUGUUGCAAUGAAAAAAAGUAAGAAGAUGCAUUUGUACGUACUUACAGAUUCAAACAAGCUCUCAAAAAUUCGCGCCUUCCAAAUAGCCCACCAUAAUUUAGUCAUACAUUGUAACUCUAUUAUUAGAUAUUUGAAUUUGUUUUAGUCCAAUACCCGGCACCCGUAUUCAUACUUGAAUUUGUACCCCCCAAAUUUUAAAAUUUGGAUCAUGAAGGAUCUGAUAUCUUGAUCUGCACUCUUAUUGGACCCCACCCGAGUCCGAAAAGCUCAGGUACCUUUUGGUUUUGCUGGUUUUCCUUGUUGCUCACAUAUAAACUGUUUUUACUUGUCAUGUGAAAUAUUAUUAAGCUGCUCGGUUAACUAGUAUGUACUUUUGAGAUUUCAUGAGGUCGAAAGCUGAUGUUAAAGAACAAUUAGUCCAUCCCAAGCCGCGUGCACGAAUCAAAAUGAUGCUUAUAUGUAGUAUUCCCUAAGUUGCCGCUGUGAUAAAAGUUGAACAAAAGCUUCUCCUUCCCUUGAAUAUCUCGAGAUUGUCAUGACAAAAGUUAUCCGUAAGAGAGCAGAGAGGCAUGAACGGAAGCGAAUGGUUUUAUAAAGUGCACGCGGAGCGACUAUCUGCAUUCGAGGAAUUGCUUAAUGAGAUUUAUACAGUUUGCCGCCCUAAACAAAGUGAUUAUGAAGUUAGGAAAGAUUUGAUUUCUGCUUUUAAUGAGAUAGCAAAGGAUAUCUACGGACGUUCGGGAAAUGUUCCUGUUGUGGAGGAGUUUGGAUCUUUUGUAAUGGAUCUAUUCCUUUCAAAGAGUGGCCAAGAUCUAUCGGUUAAUUUUGACAACAGUUCAGUUAAAUUUUCGCAUGAGAAGAAGAUUCAAACUCUAAGGAAAUUUGCGAGGAAGUUAUAUGCACUUCAAAGAUAUGGGCAUGUUUCUGGUGUUCAUCCAGUAACAGCAGCCAAGGUGCCCGUUCUGAAAGUUGUUGAUUGUGGAACAAAAAUUGAGUGCGAUAUAUCAGUUGAAAACAGGGAUGGAGUUUCAAAGUCCAAGAUAAUCCACAUGAUCUGUUCACUCGAUGAAAGGUUUCAGAAGCUGAGCUUUUUGAUGAAAGCUUGGGCAAAAGCGCAGAAUAUUAAUAGCUCAAGAGACAAAACUUUGAACUCAUUUAUCUGUAAUACUUUUGGUUGCUUUUCAUUUGCAGGUACGAACUGCUUUGAUCUUUUUCCUUGUAUUUAUAGCAACCCUAAUUGA